AUGAAAAUAAUUCCAGCACCUCCAAGUCAGGCGAAAACCUAUCAACAAAAGAAUGAAGAUCUCAAGAGGGUUCUCUCACCCCACCUGACCAUCUAUAAACCACAAUUGACAUCAAUGAUGUCCAUUUCAUUACGUAUGACCGGUUUCGCUUUGGGCAUAAUGACCUGGACUGUGGGCUUGACUUCCCUGUUGAGUGAUCAUAAUGUCGAUUAUUUUGUGGAUAAGCUGAGAGCAUUGAAUUUGAAUCCGAAUUUUUGGACCAUCGCUAAAACUGUAAUAAUUUUUCCGUUCUGCUUUCAUUUUGUUGCUGGAAUACGUCAUUUAUAUUUCGAUACUGCUCAUCUGAUGAAAAUUAAACAAUUCUAUCGUACCGGUUAUCUGGCAAUGACAUUAUCCUGCUUCAUGACAUUGGCACUGGGAAUGUGGAAUCAAGUGAAUGCUGUCAGAGAGGCGAAUGAUGUUAAAUGA